CGCACACCACUAUCAUCCAGGGCGGCGGGGGCGAGUCUGUGCAGGAGGGAAAGCGGGAUUCAAUUUCAAACCCAAGUCAACUUAGCGAGGGAAGCGCCAUCGGAGUGGACAAUUAGCAUAAAAAACGGACAACUUCUUCGUUUUGCCUUUUAAAAAAUAGAUAACGCCAAGGGUCGUUGUUGCGUUUGGAGGAGUGGCGUGCCCGCGUCUUUGCCACCGUGCUGGAUCCAUUUUGAGGGAGAAAACGACCCUCCUCUGCUUCAUCAAUAGCCGCAGUUUGAUUUUGCACCGCGACGCCGAUUUGUGCGGGAAACAUGCCGAGGUCCAACAGGCAGCGGGAAUACAAACCUGGAGAUCUGGUAUUUGCUAAAAUGAAGGGGUAUCCACACUGGCCUGCUCGGAUUGAUGAGUUUCCAGAGCGGGCAGUGAAAUCCCCCUCCAACAAGUACCAGGUGUUCUUCUUCGGGACACAUGAGACGGCUUCCCUCGGGGCCAAGGAUUUGUUCCCGUACGACGAGUGCAAAGAGAAGUUCGGCAAGGCGAACAAGCGGAAAGGCUUUGCCGAGGGCCUCUGGGAGAUCGAGAACAACCCCACUGUCACACACGAAGGCUAUAAGUCGUCCAAGAAAGACGAUGCAUCUGAAGAAGCAGCCGGUUCAGAGAAAGGCGACGCUGAUGGCAGCAGUGACGAGGACGAGGGCGCCCUGGUUAUCGACGAGAAAAACGACAGGGGAGGAAAUAAACGCAAAGCGAAUGAGUCGGCAGAGGUGUCACCAAAGAGGCCGAAGGACGCCGAUACAGAGGGUGCUUCCAACGCGGGCGACGGCAAGACUGAGGGCAAGGCCAACGAUGUGGCUGCUGCACCCAAGGCAGCUGCUCCCCCCUCGCAGGCCGAGUCCAAAGCAGAGGAGCAGGAGAACAACGCAGCAGGGGGGCAGCAGACAGCAGACAAGGCCGUGACAGAGAGCGCUUAACGUCCACCCUCGCUAGACAAGAACCUUUUUGAUGCUUCUCACUGGAAUCUUCAGCAUCAAACACCAUGACCUGCAGGAAGACACAUUUCUCAAAGUUUGAUUAUCAAUAUUUGCAAAAAAACAA